AUGUUCGCGAUCACAGGGAAGUUACUCGCGGCCUUUGGCCUUUGGCUCGGUUUCUUUAUGACAACAGUCGUUGCCGCGCAGGCGCUGAAUUCGUCCAAGGAAUCCGACACCUGGAAGCCCCUGCAGCCCCAAAAACGGCAGGCCAUUGUGAAACUUGACCCAUUGGGCUCUGCAGCAGCCAAGAGCUACGAUCCACCGCCGGAAUUUUACCGAGGACCAGGUUCAACGACCUCCAAGUUGGACAGCACAGCAGCCGGGUUUCUAUCCAAGCCCAUUGGCGCACUGCCUCCGGCUGGUGGAGGUCAUCAAGUGGGCAGCCCGAACGAUAAUCUCAGCGAGGCCUACGACAAGUGGCGUUUGGGUGGGAAUUUCCAAGAUCGGAUUAGCGUGGGUCACUAUGCCGGCAGUGGCGGUGCUGGGAAAAGCUAUGGCUACGAAAGUCAUCCCUAUCCCUACGACUACGGACCCUCCAACGGACAUGGCUACGAGCCAGGACCUGCUCCUGGUCACGGCUACUCCUCCAGCGGGGAGUCGGGACUGGGAGUGGGAGUGCCGUACCACGCGUACAGACCCCGACCGGAUCAGGGUCGCUACCCAGGUAGUCCACCAGUGGACUACUCCUACGGCCCGUACCCCAUAGACUCGCACGAGAUCGUCGCACACAAGGGAUCGUCGGAACUGUCGCCCAAAGCCCUGCUGGCCAAGAGCUUCCUAAUUCCGCUGGCCAGUGCCACCGUUCUGGGCAUCGCCGCUGCCCUGAUCAGCAAUCCUCUGCUGCAGCUGGCUCCGGUUCCCGGGAUAGGAGUGGGCGUGGGCGUGGGCGUUGGACCCUCAGUGGUGGGCAAGCGGAAGAGGAGAAGACGGGCUGCGAUGUUACGGAAUUGAGCUACUCGUUCUGUUCUUUUCAUCCAAUGUCUUUCCCUCCAAAAACUC